AUGCAAGUUCUAGUUCAGAGGGGUGCACAUAAGAAUGGUUUUGAGUAUGAAACAACUAAGUCCGAUACUGUGAGAUUUGUGGCAAAAUGUCGAGGAGCCAAAGAAGGUUGCAAGUGGUAUUUGCGUGUAGCAAAGCUUAAGAAUUCAGAUCUUUGGACGGUUAGAACUUACAAUAAGUCUCAUACAUGCUCAGUAGUAACUACAAGUACCCUUAGAAAUAGAAGGAGAGGCACACCACAGGUUGUCGCAUCUGUUUUGAGUGAAGAAUAUCCCGGUAGAUAUGACACACCAACACCAAAUGAUCUGAUCAGUAUGGUUACCCACAAGGUUGGUGUUGAUGUGUCAUAUGCCACAGCAUGGAGAGGAAAAAGGAUGGCUGCUAAUGAAGUCCGAGGUACUCCGGAAGAGAGUUUUUCUAUGAUACACUCGUAUAUGUACAUGCUUAAGUUGAAGAAUCCUGACUCAGUAAGUUAUGUUGAAGUGGAUGCGGCGAAAAGAUUUAAGUAUCUAUUUUUCGCAUUCGAAGCUUCCAUAGAAGGGUUCACAGCGAUGAGGAAAGUUAUCAUUGUGGAUGGAACACAUCUUAAGCAUGUUUAUGGUGGAGUUCUGCUUGUUGCGACGGCUCAAGAUCCUGAUCGUCACCACUACCCUAUCGCAUUUGGUGUAGUUGAUGGUGAGAAAGACGAAAGCUGGACAUGGUUUAUGAAUAAGCUGAGGUCAGUGAUAUCAGAUGAAGGCGAAUUGGUGUUUCUUUCAGAUAGAAAUGGAAGCUUGAUCAAGUCAAUACGUGAGGUGUUCCCAACGGCCGCACAUGGAUAUUGUAUCUGGCAUUUGUCUCAAAAUGUCAAAGGACAUGUUUUCAACAACAGAGACGCUUGCGCAAGCAAGUUUACAGAGUGUGCACAUGCUUAUACAGUGGCUGAGUUCGAUGAUCUCUAUGAGAGCUUUUCCAGAAGGUAUCCUUCUGCUGCGGCGUAUCUGGAGAAAAGUGUUGAAGUGAGAAAAUGGGAAAGAUGUUACUUUGAAGGAGACAUAUACAAUGUUAACACAACCAAUGCAGCAGAAUCCAUUAAUGGUGUUCUUCGGGAAGCGAGGAAAUUCUUCUUGCUACCGAUGAUUGAUGUUAUCAUCAAGAAAAUGGCUGAAUGGUUUAACAAACAUAGGAAGAAGGCAGCUGAAAUACCAGUCACAAAGAAGCUUGUGCCAACAGUGGAAAAAGGAGUUGUCAAAAAGAUGUUUGGAAGCGAGAUGAGAUUCGAGCACUUAAAGUUCUUCCCCCAGUAUAUGAAAAAAAGAAAGGACCCACUCAAAAGCAAAGGUUUCCAUCUGCCGGAGAAUCUCGUGGACGAAGAAGAUGACGAGGACGAGGAAGGGAAAGAGGCAGGGGCAGGGGAAGGAGAGGCGGACGUUUGUAUGAAUAUUUUGAAUGUGGAAGUACUUCUGCAACCACCGAGUAACAUGGGUACUACUUUGUUGACUACUAUGUGUAAUGUGAACUACUAG